AGUCAGAGACGACUUACAAGAGAGAGAAGCUCUCAUUGUAUAUGAGCUGUGCAUCUUCUAGGGUCCCAGCCGGAGCGUGGAGUACUUCUCUCCGCAACGAUGUCUCGAAAGGCCAUCUUGAAAGUCGAUCUUUGUGGAAAAUGCAAGGACAAUCUCUUGAAGAAGCUGUCCGAAGUCUCAGGAGUCGCGAAGGCCGAGGCUACCGGCGACCACCAAUUCACCCUCACGGGUGACUUCAAGAUCGAGGACAUCAACGCCGCCAUAGCCAGCAAGAAGCGUUGCGUCUCCAUCGAAUCCGUGCAAGAGAUCCCCAAGCCUGAUCCACCAAAGCCGGAUCCACCAAAGCCACCGCCCGAGGUCGUGUGCCCAAACACGAUUGUCAUCCACACCAAGAAUCUCGUCUUCUGUUUCCACGGCCGCAACAUCGGCUGCCCCUGGGAUCGCUGCUCGGAUCGCUGCUGCAGCUGCUAGAUUCUCCUCCUCCCAGGAAUUCCUCCCUGGAAUCCUUCCCUCCGGGCUGGAAAGGCCUAGAAAUCCAUCAACAAAGGGAGGAGAAAAUCACAAAAAAAAGCAGAAAAAAUCAAGCACAUAACUUGUGGAUGUCCGCCUUGGAUCGGCGCGCGACAAAUUUACGAUGGAGAUGCCACUGGCACACGGUUGGUGUUUUCGAAUCCACAAAAAAAAAAAAGCAAAAAAGGAGUUUGAAGCUUAGCAAGUUUGAUCUUGAAACUCAGCUAUUUUUCUUAGAGCUUAGCUUGAUCAACUAUUUGGAUCAACUUUCACAAGAUCUCUUCCUGGGAUCGACACAAUAUGUAUUGUUGCCAGCGAUCUCAAGGUUAUAAUAAGACUUGGGCGAUUCGAUCCAUCGCAUGUCA